AUGCCUGGUGUUCUGUUGGGUUGGGUGCAGAUGCCAAUGUCGGUGGUCAAUCUUAUAUACUCACGCGCGCAAUACAUCUGGCACGUAUUAUACAGAGAUGGAGACAUCUUCGAUGUGAAGGUGAAAACGGCGGAGGAAGAGGAAGACGAGAACGCCGACUAUCUCAAGUGGCUGGCUGGGCAGGUGAAAGAGGUCAAGAUGGACAACAAGCAGGUCUCAGAGACCGAAACCCUGCGCCGAUACUAUACAGACCCUAACUUGGACAAGAACGAGAAGUUCUUGCGAGACUACGUGCUCGGGCGUAUGUGGAACGACAAUACGCAGAACGCCUAUGCAGAACUGGCCACAGAUGAUUCGGGCAGGCUCACGAGGCGAAACGACAUUGAUCUGAGUGAAGAUGAGGAGGCAGUGGACAAGGCCGAAGACUUUGAGAGGAAAAUCAAUUUCAGGUUCGAGGAGGAGGGCGGCUUCGACAUCUUGAACCAUCCCCGACAAAUCAAAGGCAGUGUGCGUCAAAGGGAUAACAAGCGCAAGGACGCCCGAGAAGCCAAGAAGGAGCGAGAUAAGAAGAAGAAGGAGGAGAAGAAGGCCGAGUUACAGCGACUAAAGAAUCUCAAAGGUGUUGAGAUUCUUGAGCGAUUGCGCAAGCUUCGGGAAAUCACUGGAAACGAUGAACUGGAGGUGGAUAUCGAGGCCGAUUACGACCCAGAACAGUACGAGAAGGAGAUGGCCAACACUUUCGAUGAUGCAUACUACGCAGCGGAGGAUUUAGAGAAGCCCACAUUCAGCGAUGAUGGCUUAGACAUUGAGAACUGGAGCGAAGACAGUGACGAUGAGGUGGAGGUAGAUAUGCCCAUGCAGGUCGUAGAACAAGCCCCAGCCACGGAGGAACCGACCGCGGAAGACGCAGCCACGAGCAACGGCAAGAAAAAGAAGAAAAAGAAAAAGAAAAAGGCCAUGGAGGAGUGGGAGACCAACGCGUACGAAGAGGAGGAUGACUUCAUCAUGGAUGCAGAUUAUGUACCGGAAGAGUCGGAGACGGCCGAAGCAAAGACGCCAGGCAUGGCCAUACACCCCUCACGCAUGGCAUCAGCCAGCAAAGCAGCAGGGGACAUACCCCCUGUGGCCACCAGCAAGAAGGCGACUAAGAAACGCAUGGCCAGGUUACUUAAACAUAUGGGUGACAAGCCUGCGUUCGAUCCGGAGAAGCUGCCUUUUGAGAAGUACCUGGAAGAGUACUACAAGUUGGACUUCGAAGAUAUUAUUGGUGACCAGCCCGUGAGGUUCAAGUACAGGGAAGUGCUUCCCAAUGACUACGGACUCACCACAGACGAGAUCCUUGCUGCAGACGAUAAGGAGUUGAACUCCUGGGUGUCCUUGCGAAGGAUUCAGAAAUACCAACCUGAGUCGCAUAUGAAGAAAGAGGCCAAAGCAUACAAGAAGAAACCCGAAUGGAUGAAGAAAAAGAUGCUCAAGAGUGUGUACGGCGAAAUGCCUGCAAGUAAGAAAGAGAAGGAGAAGGAGACUGAAAAGGAGGGAGCGAGAAAAAGGAAACACCAGGGGAGCAGUAAGUUCAAUCGCAAUCAGUUUAACGAGAAUAUGGUCGGAGAGGACCGUCUGGCUUCGUACGGCGCUAAACAGACGAAGCCGAAGAGAGACAAGAAGCACAAGAAAUAGGAAACAAAGGUGGUACACUCACGCACAUACAGCUUGGUAAUGAUUUACGAUAUACGGAUACAGAAAUGUGAGACUACGCGGCUAUAGUCUCACCGUUCCCAUAGCUCUCAAAUAUCCAAC